GUCCAGGAUCCUGGGUCAAUGGAGCAUGCAACGUGCCUGGAUUUCCAAAGAAAACACAAAAUGCAUAAUAUGCUGACAUAUCAUCAGUAUGCAAUUUUCUGCUCUUCUCUUCAUCUCAUCUAUAUCAGCAGCAGUUGGCAUGGUUCGUGUACUAGUUACCAAACCUGUAAUAUCCUACUGCCACCAGGCCAUCACUCUGCACUGCAAUGUAUCUCUAUCUGAUGGAAAGGGCCGUGAAUUCCAGGUUACUCAUCUAAGUUGGAUUAAAGAAUCAAAUAAAACAAUAUGCUCGGAAAGCAAUACAGCAAUCAGUGGUUUCUUCAGCUGCCAAUAUAUGGCAAACAAACAGCUGGUACUAACUAUUGCCUACCCAAAACCAGAUGACAUUGGACGCUAUGUCUGCAAACUGCGAUCCUCUCAUGGACAUACAAAUGCUGAUACCAAUGUGACACUGGAGUGUCCUCAGAUAAUUGUCCAGAUACAUGAAGAUGGGAACAGUGUGACAUGCAAGGUUGAGAGGUCAAACCAUGAUGGGUGCAUCCACUGGUUUCAUGGAACAGUCAAUCUAACAAGUCAAUCAACUCAGGACAUUUAUUCUGCUGUUGAUGGAUCAUAUACAGUGAUUAGUUCUCUCAAUGUCAGUUCAAACUGGAAAACGUACAACUGUUCAUACUGGGUUCCUCAAAUUGAGCAAUAUAUAGCAAGCAAGAACAUUGUUAUGAAACAUACAAAAUCUAACACACAGUCUUUCAAUAGUGGCAGAAGGCCUGAUCUGGUCUUCUGUUUGUGUCUCCUCUGGAUGCUUAUUCAGCAAUAAUGGCAGCAAUAACUGCAAAAAGCUAAUUUUGAACUUUACCAAUUAUAUGUUAAAAGAUUUGGUCUGCCUAGUCACAAUGAGGGUAAUAACCUGUGGAUAAUCUGAAAGAGAAUCUUUAAGUGGCUUGGGCUAGGAAAUAAAUCCAAUUACAUCAUAUAAAAAGAGCAUGUAUUGAUACAAAGAUAAAGCAACUAUUAAAUGAAUUUGAAUAACAUUACAAACUAAUGUAAAUAUUAAUGAAAGUUGGUCUGGGCAAUGUAACGAGUACAAAAACUCAUCCCAAGUCUCAACAAUAUUAACAGCCGGCCUACACCCUACUUUUAUUUUUAGCUUCCCUUUAUGGAGAAAGAACCUUAAGCCAGUGCGUUCAAAAUGUGAUUCAAUGUAGUUACAAGUGUCCGCUAUUAAAUCACAUAUUUCAGCUUGUUUCCACUGAGCGCAAACAAGUUCCAUCAGCAGAUUUACUGGACUUGUGUCCUCGGGAGUCAUUCUCCUGAGUCAGACUUUGCAUAGGCUACUUGGUAUUGAGAAACGCCGAAUGUUUCAGCGCUUGUUUCUUGUGACAAACAUGCCGAGAAGCAAGAACAAGAUCUGCUGUAUGUCAUCCAUUGUUGUUUACUAUGUCGCUUUCUUCACGCGAAAAUGCCGUUGACCGCUUCUUUCCGGCAAACACCACACCUAUCAACUAAGGGUACCGUUGGCAGUGGAAACGCAAGCCGGAUCAUGGUUUGAACCGUUCUGUACUGUACCGUACCGCUCAGUGGAAACGAGCCAUUUGUUAACUUUGCAGCACAAACAGAAAAUGCAUGGUUUAGUUUCAAACAAGAGGAGUGAAAUGUUACAAUUCACUUUGUCGUGCAGUGCAGAGUUUCCGCUAGAAAAAAAUGGUUUAGUUUAACGGACAUUUUUAUGAUAUGCCGGUCAAAUGUCGCCUCUUAAUAGUCAAGUUGAGGAAAACUGGAGGCAGGCUAUGUAACUUAAAAAAAAUGACAUAAUCAGGUCGUAUAGAAUGCAACAUGUUUAUUAGCAUAACUUUCAAAUAGACGAAAAACAUGAACGCCCUAUUUCCCGCUCCGCUCCGCUCACAUCAAGAGAAAUCUCCACAUCUUUUCCCGCCUGACUAAAGUUGCUUGGUUUGUAUUCAGCAUCCCCAAGCGAGUCUGCGAGCGCAGAGAGGGUUUUCUCUGCUGAUGGAGCUUUUUUUUAAGUUUGAGACAAUUUAAAUUGUCAUCCACGUGCUCUCUGCAAAAGUUAAGUUAGAUAUAGGCAUCUGGUGGCCUAAUAGUUAAAUAAUAAUAAAUAAUUAAUUUACCAAAAUUUAUUUAAUUUAACACGUUGAUGUUGAUGUAAAUGAUUUUUAUAUAAUUAGGCC